CUACCAAAUACAAAGAAGAAGAAGAACGUACUUCCUUCGUGUUUCCUGUAUUUAUUUGGUCACAGAUUAACUGGAUUAUAACGUAAAAUUUAAUCCUAUAAACGGAUCCAUAUUCUGUCAGGAGGUCACACACCGUGGACACGGAAGUGAGUUAGCUUAGCCUGUUAACGGAGCUGCGUCAUCGUGACGCUGCAGUGUUUGAGUGUGUACAGCUCAAAGUGGCUGAAACGUCUGUUCUGUGGAUGUAACUGUUGCGACUCGGUUUAUUUUUGUUCUCAAUAAUAACCUCGGUCAGUAGACGUGAAUUAUAUCUCGCCAUGAACUACACACUGGCUCGCUUUUGACAUCAAAACCUUGCUGUUAGCCAAGAACAACAACAACAACAACAACAACAAUCAUGCCCCUCGCCCCGGCAAACCAGUCCCAGUUGAUUCGGUCCAGCCAAAGAGACGAAUAUUAUCAAACCUUCCUGAGAAACAACGCCAACGAAGCUUUUCAAACACUUGCUGGAUCUAAAAGAUGGCUGGACUGGAGGAAAGAGAUAGAGCUGCUAUCAGACCUUGUAUACUAUGGAUUAACUACAUUAUCAGGUUACCAAACAUUAGGGGAAGAGUAUGUCAGCAUUGUCCAGGUGGAUCCGUCUAAACGGAAGAUACCCUCACCGGCCAGACGUGGCCUCUUUGUCCUCUGCCAUGCAUUCUUGCCUUAUCUCCUGGAUAAGGUCCUGGUGUGUCUGGAGAAUGAGCUGGAAGGUGAGCAGGAGAGCUUCAGCACUGUGAGGCGGCGGCAGGCAGCCUCUGGGACAUGGAGCCUGGAGUCCUGGCUGAGGAAGUGGACGCAGAGGGCAGUGGGGCUGCUGUCAGAGUCCCAGAGGAGCGCGUGUCUGCCGGCCAUCUUUGUCCUACAUCAGGGUCUGACCCUCCUACACCGAUUCCAUGCGGCUCUUUUCUACAUCAGGGGCUCCUUCUAUCAUCUGUCUAAGAGGACGGCUGGUAUCAGCUAUCUGCGUGUGAUGGGCCUGGACAGCAGUGACAGGACCAUCAGGAACAGUUACAGGCUGCUGGGCACAGUGUCCCUCCUUCAGUUGGUCAUCACUGUCAGUCUCCAGCUCAACAACCUGAGACGGAGACAAAGAGCCAGGAAGGAGUGGAAGCUCUACAGGAAACUCAGUCCUCAGCGCACAACAAGCUCGAGUCCCAGAGUCACCCGCUGUAUCCUCUGUCUGGAGGAGAGAAGACACUCGACCUCCACACCCUGUGGACACCUGUUCUGCUGGGAGUGCAUCACAGAGUGGUGCAACACCAAGGCUGAGUGUCCUCUGUGUCGGGAGAAGUUCCAGCCUCACAGACUGGUUUACCUGAGGAACCACAGCUAGGAACACACACACACACACACACACAAACAACUUGUUUUUAUAUCUCAGUGAGGACACACCAAAGACAUAAUGCAUUACCUAGCUUAGCCCCAUACCCUUACCUUAAUCAUCACAACUAAGUGCCUAACCCUAAAUCUUACCCCAACAAAACCCAAUUCUAACUUAAAACCAGGUCCUAACCCUGAAAAAAGCCCUUAAAAAGACAAAAUGUCCACACAAAAACAGGUUUGUACAUGUUUUGGACCUCACAAAGAUAAAAAUACAAGUACACACAUACAGACACACAGUGUUGGACUGCAGAGCUCUGUAAAAACUACCUCUAUGUAACAUAUGAAUACUUGUUCCAACAUGCUGUAAUUUCAGGUUCAACCUGAUGCCCUUAAUUUUAUUUAAUCCCAAAAAAGUGGCUGUAAUUAUUUAAAUAUGUCUUUUAUAUAAAAAACAAAGGAGCUGUUAAUAAAAUGAGGUUAAUGUCUCAAUGCACUUGUUCUGUUUUUCUGUUGAUUUAAGCUGAACUUGGACAAAACAUUUUAUUUGCUAGAAAAGUGGGUGAUGGGACAUUAAAGCAAUAAGCUUGGUAAUGGCGUGCGUCUGAUAUGAAAUGUUUUGACACAUAUUUCAGUCCAUAUUUGCAUUAAUUGUUCACUAAAAUCUUGUAUUUCUGAUGUGAAAGUUCAAUGGGGUUAAGAUCUAGACCAGGGGUCUCCAAGAGAUACCUGUAGCUCCCAGUCCCAAGCACUAUAGCUCACCAAAGGUUUCAAUAAUUCAUUCAUUCAUUCAGUUUGUUUGGGUUGGAAUACGCUAUGAAAUGAUUACAUUUUAAAAACCAUAUUUCAUUUUGUGAAAGUAAAUGUAUCCACGUAUGAAAAUGUCUCGAGCUCGUGGCAUUGUCACUUUUAACCCGAAAAACUGCUGACCUCAUUUUUGGCUGGACACUGGAUUUUUAAAUUUAGUUUUGUCCUAACACUGAGACCUUGGAUAUUGUGCUGAUGUUAAACAAAGGCACUUUCUUACAUGAGUAAGGAAAGUGAACACAUUAAUAUAUGUGCUGAUAUCAGGAAUUGUGUUUGACUGUUGACACAAGUCGGCCAUUCAAUGUGUGUGUGUUUCUUGUUGUACUUUAAUGAGCACCUCACCUUACAUACACACACACACACACACACUUCUAACACAUAAUAUGAUACACAGCCCCGCCCCCUUUUAUUGCUGCAGGAUAAAUCGACAGUUGUGAUUCAUGUGGUCUGCUGAUGAUGCUCUCAUUAAUCAGGCGACUGUCUCACAGCGAUUCUCGUAAAAGACAUGAACACUCACCCACUCACUCACACACUCACUCCUCUUCUACUGCUUUAUCCUCCACUUGAGGGUCGUGGGGCUGCUGGUGUCGAAAGGUGGACACGUCACAUGUACAACCAUUCACUCUCGCACCUACGAACCAGCAACCUUCUUGCUGUGAGGCAUUGUAAUUGUAAGUAGUAACAAGUUAAAAGGCACUCCAUAAUAUAAUAGCAGUUAGUAUGGAAUCAGAUUUUUCUCCGGAAAGGACUAUGGACUCAAAAGAGGCAAGUGCAUGUUGAAUUGAAUUCAUAGCUGGAGCAAAUCAUCUUUCCUCAAACAAUCUUUUAAAGGGUGCUUGUUAUGUGUCUCUUUUCUGUCUUUCACUACCUCUUCUCCCUCUCCCCUGUGUUUUUCCUCUCCUCUAAUCUGUGCUUCAUUUCAGUGGUUGCAUCCCUGCGCUGUGAGUGGUGGAGGAGGAGAGGGCGUCAUCGUGGGGAGGGAAGUUUAAAAGGGGGAGUGAAAAGAGAGAGGGCAGCAAGCUUGAUUUAUCUCUACAGUUCACCUAAUAUAGGACUUGGUUGGGGGUUACUGGCAGUCCUGUUAUCGGGUUUAGUUUAUUUAAUCUACUUUUCUUUUGGGAAAAUGCUGGGUCCUACGCUACCCACCUUUUUGUUACUUUUUUGCCAGGAUCUCCAACCCCUUUUCCUUUGUUGACUUUGUUUUGAAAUAAUGAUGUUUUAGUUAAUGAACACUAAGUAUUGGGCCAAAUGUAAUAUCAUUUUAUAGCAGAGGAGGUUUGAUUUCAUGUAGAGAGAAAGUUACAUCACGGUCACCUGUCAUGAAGGUGAUGGAGUUUGAACCAGAUUUAAUUCUCUUUCCAAACAGGUCUGUAUUUGUAGUAUUUGAAGUAUUUGUAUUCGUUUCUGUUCCCAUCCUAUUGUCCAUGCAUUAAUAGUGGGACGUUUGCCAGUUGUCCUACUUGUGGAGUUAAUGUUGCCGUAACACCAUGUAAUUGAUUCAUCACAGGAAAAUCCACGCUUUCAUGUUUCCUCCUCAGGUGUUGCAAUCAAUUUCACGUUCAAGAGUUAGGACAUGUGUACAUGACUCAACAUCCCAAACUGACACCCAGGUGUUUUCACAGAGCCAGAUAUAAUGUUACUCCCUGAGUUGUAUCUCUUCAUUUUAACUCACUGACAAAUCAGUGUCUGUUAGAUUUACUGUGCUCAUACUGCAGAUAUGUGUGUCACAAUGGCAAGGAUUAAAUUUAGUUAUAUAUUUGGCAUGAUCGCUGCAGGUGUUCUUAUGGCAGGUGAGUAAAUGAGGAAAACACAUCUCAAAUAAUUAAAGAACAAGUUGGGAAUUGAAUUUUAAAUGUCAAUCCUGUCUAUUCUUCUCCUUAGCUUUCCCUGCUGCACAGAUCACUAUAGGUGCAGUUUAUUUACACGAAUGUCCGGCAGCACCAGGUAUCCCAGUGUACGUGAUGGUGUGUGGGAUAUCGGCCCUGCUGCUGAUGGCCCUGCAUGCUUUGCCUAAGAUCCUCUGUCCAGCAGCUCUGGACAAAGUCUGGACGGUGUGCAUGAUCAUCCUGGGCCUGUUUGUCCUCAUCUGGUUCUUCUAUGGUAGUUACCAGAUUUAUUCUGUAUAUCCCCCAAACUAUGAGAAGAAUAUCACUGAUCCAGAUGAAAACAACAGGAACUUCUUCACCUCGGCAGAGCCUGACAACAAGCUCGCUCCCGCUCUGGACAACCGCAACCAAAGUCUGCUAAACCUUAACCAAAACCAGAGCAUUCAGAACCUAAACCAGAACCAGAGCCUUCUAAACCCUAACCAGACUCAGACGAUCAAAAACAGCCAGACUUGGAAGAGGCUGAUUCAGACGUCAGCCCCCAUCAGCAGUGAGCACAUGAAGGCACCAGCACCACAGCGAGUCUCAUCUGCUGUGGCUUACUGCAACAAAACUCUCUAUCUGCUAAGUUUCUGGUCCACAACGCUGAUUUAUGCCUUAGCAGCAAAUGCAUUGCUGAUCUUGUUUUGUUUAUAUGGUUGCAUGGCACUGGCAAACAUAAUUACAAAGUACUCCUUCUAACCAGGACAAGAGUCUUCAAAAUCCUCAACCAGAUCCUCCCGAACCUCAACCAGACCCAGGUGAUCAGCCUUUACCAACAAGGCUCCACAAGCACAGUGUGUCUUGACUGCUGUGUCGCGCUGUGACAGAACUUUCUACCUGGUUUUAAAGUAAACGUAAACAUGCCUUCAAAGUAUCUUAGUAUCAAGGAAUGAAUCCAUUUCAGAGAACUUUAACAAAGAAGUAAAAGAAAAAUAAAUACAAAAUCUAAUAAUCUGUAAUGGUCACAAAUUAAAGACACAUAAGACUCAACUGGAUUCUAAUCCUUAAAAUAUUUCCACUCCCACACUUGUAUUUCUUACCUUUGUUCCAUGUAAGUAGUGUAUAAUACAUUUUAUUUGCAAUUAAACAACGUUUUACACACUGAA